ACCAGUUCAGUAGUGCAGCUAAAAGGAACAAACCAAUUGACUGGGCACUGAGCUUAUGUCAAACAAGCAAUGCAAAUGGAAGCACCCAUGGUAACGUUGCAAUCCCUCCCCUUAACGCAGCUGGAGAAUGACGUAUGGGUACGCCUUUCUACCUAAAGCCAUAUACCGAACUGAACUGAACUGGUAAAGCAAAAUAUGAAUGACGUAUAGGUUACUGUUCUGAUAAAUAGAGUUAGAAAUUGUUGGUGACUCGUUAUAAUAAUUUUUUGUGAAGUUUAUGCUUAAUUGUUCUGGUGACGUUCACUACAAUGCUACACAUUGUUUCGACAUCGUAAUUUAUUGCUUUUAUGGAUACAUGGAAGGAAAAAUGUCAGAGUCGGAAAUAACGUUUGAUGAGGAACUCUCGGCUGAUUUAUUCUCAGACGUAGAAUUAUCAACGAGCGUUAACAAUGCUGUCAAUUCGGACUCAAGUUCUAUGUCUACUGGCAUUAACGAACCAGAGCCCUCAGAUGAUAUACCAGAAUGGAAAGGUAUGAGCAUGAGUGAGAUACGUAAGGGUCUUGAUAUAUAUGAACACCAAGAACACCCACCAAUUGUUGUUUCUCCUCGCCACACAGUAUUAUUUAUGUUACCAUUACCUGCACGUGGACCACCAAAACCAUAUCCUUCAUAUCAGACAGACAAAUGGAGUCAGGGUUAUGUACGAAUGCCACAUUCAGCACAUAGCUUAUACCCUAUAGAACAGAAAAAUGGAAGUCGUUGUUGUCGAAAUAGAUGGGAAAUGAUUCAGGAAGCUUUACUCAGGAGCAUACUUUCUAGUCAACAACUAGAAGAAGCUAUCCUCUCAUAUAAUCAGAUAUAUGCGCAACGUUGGAAUUUCAUGGCACUCCAUUACUUUUUCUCAGAGAUUCUGGACGAAGAGGAAACGACUAUCUUCUUCGAAACUCUGAUGCCAAAGAUAGUGCAGCUUGCUCUGCAGCUCCCUAUGUUGUUGACUGGUGCAGUCCCACUGUUAAAACGCCAUACUAAUGGAUGCAUUAGCUUGAGUCAAUUACAAGUGGCUUCACUACUGGCGAACGCAUUUUUCUGUACAUUUCCUCGACGCAAUUCCAGUAAUCCGCAAUCGGAAUAUGCAUCGUAUCCUCAUAUUAACUUCAACAGAUUGUUUGCUGCUUACAGUGAAGAGAGGCAUAAUCGAUGUACAGCAGUGAUGGAGAAGAUCAAAUGUCUAUUUCAUUACUUCAGGAGAGUAACAUCUAAGGCACCUGAAGGUAUAAUAACAAUCGAGCGACGUUACAUUCCUCUGGAAGAUUGUCCGAAAUGGCAGUCGUUAGAUAAGAAGCUACCUGUGUUGCAUAUAACGAGCAAAGGCACAAUCGAGAACGAGGGAGCUGGGCUUCUCCAAGUUGACUUUGCAAAUAAGUAUGUCGGCGGCGGUGUGCUGGGCUUAGGCUGCGUACAAGAAGAAAUACGUUUUGUCAUAUGCCCGGAACUUAUGGUCACCAUGCUGGUUACGGAAGAGUUGGACGACACGGAAGCGCUCGUCGUCAGUGGUAUAGAGCGAUACAGCAAGUACGAAGGUUAUAGCAGCACUUUCAAGUGGAAAGGGGAUUUCGUCGACGAGACCCCGAAAGACAGCAGUGGCAGGCGUAUGACGUCAAUCGUCGCCAUUGACGCCCUUUAUUUUAAACAAUCCUCGCUGCAGUUCAACAUUAACAACGUGACUCGUGAACUUAACAAGGCUUACGUCGGAUUCGUCGGUUCUGACGUGAAUAAGGAUAAUCUGUCCGCCAUUGCGACGGGCAAUUGGGGAUGCGGAGCGUUUCACGGAAAUCCGAAAUUGAAGGUGCUGAUACAAUUGAUGGCCGCGGCGGUUGCUGGUCGUUCUAUGGUGUACUUUACCUUUGGGGACACGAAUCUAAGAGACGAGGUGGCGACGAUGUACGCGCAUCUGAUGCAACAUGACAUUGACACAGCGCGGAUCUACUCAAUGCUGUCGGAAUAUCAUCGAGAAUCCACUUUGAGCGCUCGUUCGGAUUUUUAUCGUUUCUUAUAUAACCGUAGCAAGAUGAAAUCCUUGAGCAAGUAUUUCCCGACGAAGAUUGAAAAUUCCACGGCGAAAAUCUCUACCGGUUAUCCGAAGGAUACGUUGCUUAAAAGCAACAAAGACUCGGCCAUGUCAAAUAAAGCGGCCGAGAACAAGCGAUAUCUUUAUUCCAGAGUUAAGGAAGAAGAAAAGGCGGAGGAGGAAAAAAUAUUGAAUUGGUUGGCGAGUUGCGACAGCGACAACGACGACACCGUGAAACCUGAGACGGAGACAAAAAGUCUGUAUAACGAGAAGACCAAAGACAACGUGGAACGAGCGAAUAAUUUGAGAAACGGAGACUCGUGCGAGAAUCAUUCGGUGGAUAACGUUCUCGACGCGACGAACGAGAAACGGUUGGCAGGCAAAGAUAAAAUAUUGGAUUCCUUCAAAGUCAACAUGAAUUCCUCGAAUCCGAAAGAACCAAUUAUCCAGCCUCCUCAGGACACGUCGAAAAAGAUCAAGUCCGAGUUAUCGCUGCUGAGGGAUACCGCGGAAUUACGGGACAAUGAGUCCCUGAAAAUCAUGGCGGACUGCUUGCCGGAAUUGCGCUCAUUGAGAUCACCCUCGAGGAAGAACGGCCAAAGGAAGAUAUCGGAAUUUUUCCAGCGUACGUUGUAAAUAUCGAAAAAUAGCGCCGCGACCUUGACCCUGCAACCUUUCGUCCUUUGUGCGACUUUUAUUUAUAAUUAUAUAAACAUUUCUUUUUUAAUUCAUGUCAAUUUCGAAACAAAGUUACAGGAUAUAAUGUAAAUAAAAUUCUGCCUGAGCUGACUGCCCGUUUCAUCCUUCAGCCGAUUCAAUCGAUCCUUGUCUGCGAAAUCAAACUUCUCAGCAACGAAUUUCCCGACAGAAACGGCGCAUAAUGGUUCGAACGGCGAAAAACGCGAAAAAUAAUCAAAUUUUCGAGUUUGUUCUAAAACUUCGAAAUUUUUAUGUUAUGUUCUUCCACUAAUAAGCUAUCAACUGAAUUACACGCCAUUUU